AUGGCCGCCAACAUCUCCAAGAAGCGCAAGUUCGUCGCCGACGGUGUGUUCUACGCCGAGCUCAACGAGCUCCUGCAGCGGGAGCUCUACGGCGACGGCUACUCGGGCGUCGAAGUGCGCGUGACGCCCAUGCGCACGGAGAUCAUCAUCCGCGCCACGCGGACGCAGGAAGUGCUGGGCGAGAAGGGGCAGCGCAUUCGCGCGCUCACGUCGGUCGUCCAGAAGCGGUUCAACUUCCCCGAUGGCGCCGUGGAGCUCUACGCCGAGCGCGUGGCCAACCGCGGACUGUGCUCGCAGGCGCAAGCAGAGUCGCUCAAGUACCGUCUCCUCGGUGGGCUCGCCGUGCGUCGCGCGUGCUACUCGGUCGUGCGCUUUGUCAUGGAAGCCGGUGCCAAGGGCGUGCAGGUCAUUGUGUCUGGCAAGCUGCGCGCGCAGCGUGCCAAGGCCAUGAAGUUCAACGAGGGGUACAUGGUCAAGACGGGCAAUGCCUCGCAGGAGUACGUGGACACGGCCGUGCGCCACGUGAUGAUGCGUCAGGGUGUGCUGGGCGUCAAGGUGUCGAUCAUGCUGCCGCACGACCCGACGGGCAAACAGGGCCCGAAGCGCGCCCUGGACGACGUGGUCACGAUCCUCGAGCCCAAGGAAGAAGUGUACCGUCCGUACGUAGAACCUUCGAGCCCGAUCGUGCCGGUCGCGUCGCCUGUGGCGGCUGGUCCCGUGGACCCCAUGUACCAACCCAUUGCUUGA